AUGAAGAUCGCUCUGCUGGGAGCCACUGGGCAGACUGGACAGCAUCUGGUCAGACAGGCACUGGAGCAGGGCCACACGGUCACCGCCGUGGUCAGGAACCCGGAGAAGCUCGUCGUGCACCAUGAUAACCUGAAGGUGGUGAAGGCUGAUAUUUUCUCCGCCGACAGUCUGAGGACUCAUUUCAAAGACCAGGACGUGGUCAUGUCCUGCCUCGGCUUCCCGGCCUCUUUCUUCUCGGGGGUGACGGGCUACACCAUGUCCAUGUCAGCUGUGACCGGCGCCAUGCGACAGGCCCAAGUCACCAGGCUCAUCACCAUGACGUCCUGGUACACCGAGCCUAACUCUGGAACUCAGUCUUCGUACCUGAUCCGGUUCCUGCUGCUGCCGCUGAUCAGAAGCGUGCUCAACAACAUGUACGAGAUGGAGUGCUUCCUGCAGGAAACCGAGGACGUCAACUGGACUGUGGUUCGUCCCCCUGGCCUCAAGAACCUGCCGGCCUCAGCUCAGGAGUUUCUGACCCACGAGGGAUACUUUGUUCCCGACCGCAGCGGCCAGCCAGCACGCAGCUCGGUGGCACGAGGAGACGUGGCUCGCUUCAUGCUGUCUUUGCUCAACGACGACGCCUGGCUCAAACAGGGCGUCGCCAUCACCACUAAGUGAGAGGAAAACCCGGGAGUCGACUCACCAGAAGGACUAAAUACCCGAAUGUACCCAUCGUUUUUAACUAAGCGUUUGUGCGCUCUGCUAGAGCUCAAAAUAUACGUUGGGGUUGACUCUCAGCUACUACCACGCCAAGUUUUAGCUCAAUAUCUGUAAAAUUAACAGUUGC